AUGCAGCUAUGGCAAGAUAUAGUCAAAGGAAAAUAUUAUUCUCGAUCCCUCGGAUGGAGCCCAAGAAUUGAUAGGAACCUUUGCUCUCUGCACAAUCAGGAGAGAGGAAAAGUAGGGACGGAGUGUACCUGCUGCCUGAGGAAAGAUUUGGGGAGUAGGAGUGCGGACAAUAAGGGUAUUUAUAUAAUUGAUAAGAACAUAUACGCAAGAGACAUUAUAGCCCUUAACCAACUACACCAUCCGACGCAUGAGCUCCGGUAG